UGGGUCUUGUUAUUCAUUUCUUUGGUCUCUUUCUGGUUUCUUUUCCGCUCAAAAAGUUACUCUACUUUUGUUAUUCUAGUCUCCUAAUGCAUGUAUAUUAAUUUUCCUCUUUUUUGCUUUAAUGCAGGUCUUUUUACCCCAAAAAAUAAAUGUAUAUUAAUAUUCCGAUCUUUGAUUAAGGUUAUUCUUGUAUUUGCGUUUGAAAUUACCAGGAAAAUUAAGCAACACAUUGUUCACUCUAGUUCUUCCUUACCUGAACUCCAUUUUUCACUUUUAUAGUAAUUACAAUCAGACCGUUUAUUUUUCCUAGAUGGUACCGAUCAUAAAUCAAUUUCCAACCACUUUUUUUAGCUGUACCCUACACCUUCUUCACUGAGGAAAGAGUUUCUGUUCACCACUUUAAGAUUGGCACUUGGAUUUCAAUUUGCAUUUAUUAACUUCUGCUUGUAGAUUUUCAGGUUAAUUAGAAACAUGGCUUCUUUUUCUUCUUCUUCUUCUUCUUCAGCUGCUGCUGCUGCUACUGCUGAUAUCCCCCUCAGGAAAAGCAUGAAGUAUUUCUCAGCUUUGGAGGUGAACACACACGCAAUGGUUUUACCAGCUAUCUUUAUGAAGCUUUAUUUAGGAAGCAAAUCAUAACAUACAUGGAUGAUCACCAACUUGAGAGAGGUGAUGAAAUUUCACCAACCUUCUCAAAGCUAUCGAGGAAUCCAAGAUCUCGGUGAUCAUUUUCUCGAAAAAUUAUGCUUCUUCAACAUGGUGUUUGGAAGAACUAGUGAAAAUACUUGAAUGCAGGAAAAGAAAUGGGCAGAUUGUUAGACCCCAUUUUGCAUGGCAUGGAACCAUCGGUUGUACGGAAACAAGAAAAGAGCUAUGCAGAUGCGUUUGCUAAACUUGGAGAGCGUUUUAAGAACAACAUGGAAAAGGUACAGCAAUGGAGGCAUGCUCUUACAGAAGUGGCCGGUUUAACCGGGUUGGAUUCAAAGCAAUUUAGGCUUGAGACCCAGUUAGUUCAACAAAUUGUUGAAGAUAUUUCGUUGAAAUUUCCAAAACUUCUAUCUUUAGAUGACUGUUUUGAAGGGCGGAACUUGAUUGGAAUUGAAAAACGGAUUAAGGAAAUUGAAUCAUUAUUAUGCCUUGGUUGAAAAGAUGUUCGGAUUAUUUGGGGCAUGGGAGGCAUUGGUAAAACCACCCUUAGCUAGUAUUAUUUAUCAAAGAUUGUCAAAUUCUCAUUUUGAGGCUCGCUGCUUUCUUAAGGAUGUUAGGGAAGAAUCCUCCAGAAAUGGAACAAAUCAUUUGAGGAAAGAACUUCUUGCGAGCUUAUUAGAUAAGGAUGAAGCUAUGCUAAGAAUGGACACCACAUCUGCAACGUCACCUUUUAUGCGAAAGAGAUUUCGUCGAAGGAAGGUACUGGUAGUUUUAGAUGACUUGGAUAGUUCAAUGUUCCAAUUCAAAACUUUAAUUGAAGGGUAUGAUGAUUUUGCCCCUGGAAGUAGAAUUAUUUUUACAACUAGGGAUGUCCAAGUUCUUAAGACUGUAGCUGAUGAAAUUUACAAGGUUGAGGAGCUAGACUACUUUGAAUCUCUUGAUCUUCUCUUGGGUUCUUCCCUGCACUCCAAAAGCAAACAAGAAUGGGAAAAUACAUUGGACAGGCUCAAAAUGUAUCCAAAUCCCAACAUUCAAAGAGUAUUGAGAAUAAGUUAUGAGGGACUAGAUGAUGAAGGGAUUCAAAAAAUAUUUCUUGACAUUGCGUGUAUCUUUCAGUCACAUUAUUUUGAAGACGAACUAGAAAGCAAAUUAGAUAGCAGUGGUCAUUCCUUUGUGAAACUAGGAAUAAGUGAUCUCAUUAACAAGUCUUUAAUAAAUGAAAGUAGCAUAAAAUGCUUAGGACCUCUUGGUACACCAAUGCCAAGGCUCAAGAUGCAUGAUUUGCUACAACAAACAGGCCGAUCAAUUGUCAGGGGCGAAAGCAAAGAGCCAGGAAACUGUAGUAGGUUGUGGACUGCUAAGGAAAUUUGCCAUGUAUUGGAAAGAAAUACAGAAGCGCCACCAUCGAAGGUAUAUCAUUCAAUAUGUCAGAAAUUAGAAAAGUUGUAAAAGUGAGCCCUGCAGCCUUCUCAAAAAUGUAUGAUCUACGAUAUCUUAAAAUUUAUGCCAUUCAUGAAAACAAGAAGUGCAAAUUGUGUCUUCCUCAAGGUCUCGAUUCUUAUCUUUCUGAUACGAUAAGUUAUUUCGAGUGGGAAUCAUACCCUUUGAAAAUUUUGCCAUCAGAAUUCAUUCCAGAGAAUCUUGUUGAACUUGGACUACCAAACAACCAACUUGAGGUGCUUUGGGAUGAAUCCCAGCCUCUUGAGAAGUUAAAAGUGAUCGAUCUUAGUCAUUCUGAGCUCUUGACUCAAAUACCAAAUCUAUCUCAGGCUUCAAAUCAUGAAAUUAUAAAUCUUGAAGGUUGUACACGUUUGAUUCAAGUUCCUUCAUAUUUUAAGAAUCUCCGAAAGCUUCAGUAUCUACAUUGGACAUAGUGCUCCAACCUUAUAGAUGUUGAAGGGUUAUCAGGGCAUGAGAACUAUGAAGCUAUUUAUUGCAACAAUAUUGAUAAGCUGAAGUCUUCAGAAACUCCUAAUGCAAACUUUCCAAUGAAUUUAAGAACUUUGUUUUUGGGUGGGACAGCAAUUGAAGCAGUGCCUUCAUCAUUUGGGUGUCUCUUGGGUCUUGUUCAAUUGGAUUUGGAUAACUGCAAAAGACUUAAAAGUAUACCAACCAGCAUUUGUAAGUUGAAAUCUCUUGAGUCAUUGAAUCUCUUUAAAUGCCCGAAUCUUGAAAAUUUUCCUGAAAUUUUAGAGCCUAUGGAAUGCUUGAAAUGUCUAAGGUUAGAAGGAACGGGCAUUAAAGAGUUACCUGAGUCAAUUGUAAAUCUAAUUGGGCUCGAUAGGUUGUUCCUUGAGGGAUGUUCAAAACUUCAAAAAUUGCCUACCCUUCCACUUGGUUUGUCAUACUUGGAUGUAGAGAAUUGUGAGAGCUUGAAAUCAUUGGCACAUCUUCCAUCAUCUUUGGAACAUUUGUUGGCAAGCCAUUGCACAUUACUGGAGACAAUAUCAAGUUGGAGAACUCCGCUUGGAUAUGAAAUCAGUGACUCAUAUUCUAUGGAUGGAAGUAUUAGAUUUGAUAAUUGUCUGAAUUUGGAUCAAAACACACGCAACAACAUAAUCCCUGAUCCUGCACUGUUUAGAAUUCUGUCUAGUGCAACAUCAUACAAGAAACGCCCAAUUGAUCAUCAAGGACUGGAAUUCCCAUUGUUUAUUUGUUAUCCUGGAGAUGAAAUUCCAAAGAGGUUCAGCUAUCAAAGCUUGGGGAGUUCAAUGAAUAUUCAGCUUCCACCAAACUGGUGCAAUACCAACUUCUUGGGUUUUGCUGUCUGCUUUAUUAUUGAUCAAUACUCUCAUAUAACUGAUGGAAUUGAAUACAAACUCAGUUUCAAAACCAUCAAUGAAAACAGUCUUUAUGAUUUUCAUGAUUCUGAUUGGUUGUAUCGUCUAGAGAAGAUCAAUUCAGAGCAUGUCUGGACUUUGCAUGAAGCUUCAUUGUCUUGCAAAGGGUUUGAAGAAAAGUUUGGAGCAAAUUGGCCCUCUAUUUGUAGCAACAUUGUCACCGGGAUUUCUUUCCAUGUCCGACCUUUUCGCCAUGAUGAUAGAUUUCAUGAUUCAUGUGUGGAAGAAGGUGUUGAGCAUUGCAAGAUAAAAAAGUGUGGAAUUUGGAUGAUAUAUGAGGAAGAUGCAGAUCAAGUAUUGGAUGGUGCAGAAGAGGAACCAGAAGUAGAAACAAGUACAAUUAAAAGACGCUUUGGUGAAUCGUCUGAAGGCGGUGGAGUUAGUAUUACUGAUGUUGUUGGCUCUGAUGAUAAGAAGGAAUACCAACACAAAAGAAGAGUCAUAUCCUCUGGUUAAUUCCAGGAAAACCAAGCUUACAUGAACAUUGCUUACUUUAUCUUGGUAGUUCCAUUAACAUUGACCUUGGUAAAAGAUUGACAUUUUAUAUUAUUUCAAUUUCAAAACCAAUGAUGAUGAUUGAUGAUUGAAUUGAUAUUUAAAAGGAAAAUUCAUAAUUGUUUCUUAAUCAUACUUUAUACUAAAACAGGUUUUAAGAUUUGAGAAGGUUGUGUGCAAGCUGUGGAGGCAGGGUAACACUCUGUUUCAAAUGGUUGUAGGUAUUCAUGGUUCGAUGUUGCUUCCAACAAGGAUGAUGCCCUGAGAUUUGAUCUUUCUAUCAUGAUCAUGUGGACAAAUUACCAAUGUUUCUAAAUUAUUUAGAUUAUUUUACUUUAAAUAUAAUUGAGCAUUCUUAAAUUAUCUUGCUGAGAGAAACAUCUAAAUUAUGUGUUGUUCUUUUUUCUUUUUUCUUUUUUUCUUUUCUUUUUUUUUUUAAAGGCUUUUUUCUUGAUUCUAAGGGAAAAGAAACCGAAUUUUUGUUAUUUUAUUUAUCUGCUGUUGUACUAUUCUCCACCAAGUGGUCAAUAGAAUUGAAAAUAAAUUUGGACGCAGAAAUAUCGAAAUUUCCCAAAUAAAAUCGGUGUGAGAUUACUCUUAAUUAUAAUGGCAAAUCAACUAUGAUGGUAAAAUCAAACAACUCAACUAUAGUGGUAAAAUCAAAGCCUGGUGAUGUACAUUCAGUAUUUCUUUUCUAUGGAAAUUGGUAGGAUGUUAUUCAUUUUCUAGUAUCACAGUGUGGUUCAUCAAAAUUUAUGUGAUGCAAUUUCUUGCAGUGGGCUCCACUGCUUGUGCUUUUUGGUCAUUACGAUUGUUUUGAGGGCUUCCAGGAAAAUCUAAGACAUAAACAUAUAUACAAGGAAUUCUUCAUGAUUAGAACGCGUAAACCAGGUCAACAUGCAUUUCUUAACGUGUCUGCUCAUCAUAGGAAGGUACAAGGAAGAUGAUAAAGCAAGUUCCAGCUCCUUUUUUCUAUCUAUAUAUAGACAUGUACAUUUAUGUUACAUAAUAUAUACACUGUUUCUGUCUAGUUGAAAAUAGGAACUGUUACCUACCCUUCUUCACUGAAAGGAGAGUUUUUGAUCAUCACUGUUAUGAGCAUGGCUUCUUCUUCUUCUUCUUUUUCUGCUGCUGGUGCUGCUUCUGCUAUCUCCCCUCAAGAAAAGCAUGAAGUGUUUCUCAGUUUCAGAGGUGAGGACACACGCAAUGGUUUUACUAGCUAUCUUUAUGAUGCUUUAUGCAGGAAGCAAAUCCUAACCUACAUGGACAAUCACCAACUUGAGAGAGGUGAUGAGAUUUCACCAACACUUUUGAAAGCCAUCGAGGAAUCCAAGAUCUCUAUGAUCAUUUUCUCCGAAAACUAUGCUACUUCUACAUGGUGUUUGGAUGAACUAGUGAAAAUACUUGAAUGCAAGAAAAGAAAUGAGCAGAUCGUUGUGCCUAUUUUUUACGGCGUAGAACCAUCGGUUGUACGGAAACAGGAAGAGAGUUAUGCUGAUGCAUUUGCUAAACUUGAAGAACGUUUUAAGGACAACAUGGAUAAGGUGCAACAAUGGAGGCGUGCGCUUAAUGAAGUGGCUGGUCUUAAGGGGUUUAAUUCAAUGCAAUUUAGACCUGAGAACACAUUAAUAGGAAAAAUUGUUGAAGAUAUUUCACUGCUGCUCCAUAAAUAUCCUUCAUCAAAUGAACAAUUCAAGGGAUUGAUUGGAAUUGAAAAAGGUAUAAAGGAAAUUGAAUCAUUAAUUCACAAUAGCUCAAUGGAUGUUUGCAUUAUAGGAAUUUGGGGCAUGGGAGGCAUUGGUAAGACCACCCUUGCCAGUGCUGUCUUUCAAAAAUUCUUGUAUUCUCAUUUUGAAGGUUACUGCUCUCUUUGGAAUGUUAAGGAAGAAUCUGCAAGACAUGGACUAGUUCAUUUGAGAGAGAAACUUCUUGGUGAAUUAUUACAGGAUGAAGCUAUUGUAAGCAGAGACACACCAUUUGUGCAAUCAACUUUUGUUCAUCAAAGAUUUCGUCGUAAAAAGGCACUCAUUGUUUUAGAUGAUGUGGAUUGUCCAAUCCAAUUAGAAACUUUAAUUGAAGGAUAUGAUCAGUUCGCCCCUGGAAGUAGAAUUAUCGUUACAACUAGAAAUGUGCAAGUGCUCAAGAAAGUAACCGACAAAAUUUACACGGUUGAAGGGUUAGAUGAAGUUGAAUCUCUUAAGCUCUUCCAUUUGCAUGCUUUUGGUAAAAAUUCUCUUACAACAGAUUAUGAAAUAUUGUCAGAAAUGGUGGCAAGUUAUGCAAAUGGAAAUCCAUUAGCUCUUAGAGUUUUGGGUUCUUUCCUUCGCUUCAGAAGCAAAGGAGAAUGGGAAAGUGCAUUAGAUAAGCUGAAACUAGUUCCAAACCAGGAUAUUCAAAAUGUAUUGAGAAUAAGUUAUGAGGGACUCGAUGAUAUAGAGAAGCAAGUAUUUCUUGAUAUUGCAUGUUUUUUCGAGAAUACUCAAAAUCAAAUAGAAAGAUUAUCAGAUAUAAAUACAGAGCAGGAAAUUUUUCUUGACAUUAAAUGUUUUUUUGAGGUUGAUGAGUUUUAUACUAGAGAUCAAGUAGAAAGCAUAGUAGCUGGAAGAGGUUCCUCUGCAAAAAUAGCAAUCAGUGUUCUCAUCGAUAAAUCCUUAAUAACUAUUGAUGAUGAUAAUAGGAUAAGAAUGCACAACUUGCUACAGGAAAUGGGAUGGGCGAUUGUUCGUGAUGAACAUAAAUUGCCAGGAAAUCGUAGUAGGUUGUGGAUUGCUGAAGAUGUUUGUCACGUAUUGGAAAGGGAUACAGGAACUGCAACCAUUGAAGGCAUAUUAUUCGAUAUGUCCAAAUUUAAAAAAGAUGUAAAAGUUAGCCCCACAGCCUUCUCAAACAUGCACAAUUUACGGUUUCUGAAAAUUUAUUAUGAUGACAUUGAAAAUGGAGACAGCAAUUGCGAACUAUGUCUUCCUCAAGGUCUUGAUUCCUAUCUUUCUGAUAGACUAAGAUAUUUUCACUGGGAUUUAUACCCUUUGAAACAUUUGCCAUCGGAUUUUACCCCGGAAAAUCUUGUUGUACUUAUACUACGUGGUUCCCAACUUGAGCUACUAUGGAAUGAAGCCCAGCCCCUUGCAAAGUUGAAAGAGAUUGAUCUAAGUUACUCCAAGUUCCUCACUCAAAUACCAAAUCUAUCACAGGCUUUGAAUCUUGAAAGUAUAAAUCUCAGCGGGUGUAUAAGAUUGUUUCAAGUUCCUUCAUAUUUUAAAAAUCUGCACAAGCUUAAGUUUAUAGAUUGGACAGGUUGCACCAAUCUUGUUGAUGUUGAAGGGAUAUUAGGGAGGAUAGAGUACUUGGAUAAUGAAAACUAUGGAGAAAUAAUUCAAAGCAACAACAUCUUUCAAAAGCUUACAAUGAAUUUGAGACAUUUGAAAUUGUGUGGUACAGCAAUAGAAGAAAUUCCUUCAUCAAUUGGAUGCCUCUUGGGUCUUAUUGAAUUAGAUUUGAGGGAUUGUAGAAGACUUAAAAGUCUUCCAACCAGCAUUUGCAAGUUGAAAUCUCUCGAAUCUCUAAACUUGUCUCAUUGCCCAAAGUUAGAAAAGUUCCCUGAAAUCUUGGAGCCUAUGGAACGCUUGAAACUCGUUAUCUUAUCUCAAUCAAUGAUUGAAGAGUUACCAGAGUCAAUUGAAAAUCUAAUUGGGCUUGAGGAGUUAUUUUUAUCAGAUUGCAAAAACAUUGGGUUUUUCCCAAACAAGUUUUGCAAAUUAAGUCAUCUUGGAGUUCUCCACCUCCAUGGAUGUUCAAAACUUCAAGAAUUGCUACUUCCGGUUGGCUUGCGUGACUUGCGUUUGUCACAUUGUGUGAGCUUGAAAUCAAUCUCUGAGUUUCCUCCAAUGUUACGAACUUUGAAUGCAAGCUUCUGCACAUCUUUGGAGAAAAUACCAUGUUGGAAUUCUAGAAUCAAACACAUUGCUUUAAAUCUUUUAACGGAAACACAUGGUUUGGUCGAUUUUUCAUUGGUUGAAGAAUUCAUCAAUUUUUCUAAUUGUCAGAAAGUUGACUGCAGCACACGCAACAUAAUAGCUCAUUAUGCAUCGCUUAACAGUUGGUUUCGAGCUCGUUCACGUGAACCAUUUAGUAUUUAUCGAGCUCCAUCAGAAGCUGAUAUUUGCUAUCCAGGAGAUGAAAUUCCAAACUGGUUCAGCUAUCAAACUUUGGGAGAUUCAAUCAGUGUUGACCUUCCUGAUGAUUGGUGUAAUACCAACUUCUUGGGUUUUGCUCCUGCCAUUGUCCUUGAAUUGAAUAGAGCUCGGCCUAAUACUUUCAUAAAAUAUGAAUUCGAUUUCAAAGCCAUCAAUAUGAAAUGUUCGUUGUUUUCCAGACAGGUCAUUAGUCUUUGUUCAGAACAUGUUGUCAUGUUGUAUGGGGACAGAUUGUGUAGGGAGAUAGAACAAGAAAUUGGACCACAUUGGAGCUCCAUUUUUAGAAAAAUCACCGAAGUCUCUUUUCAUGCUCGGAUUUUGGUUUUUGAUGAUAACUUAUUAGAUUUUGUCCUGGAGGAUGGUGAGCAAUGCAAGAUAAAAAAGUGUGGGAUCUGGUUUAUUUACAAAGAUGAUGCAAAGCAAUUAAUGGAUUUUGAGCAACCAAAAGUUGGAACUCAGUACAAGUAAAGGUACAUCGUUUUACACUUUUUUUUUUUUCUUCACAAGUAAAUUUACAGCAGUUGAUACUCUCAAUUGAAAUUCGAUAUUUUUCAUCAUAUAAGUACUACUCUGCUUUCUCUCUUUUGGCUGUUAAAAAAAACUCUGCCAAACAGACAGACACUUAUUAUAGGCUCGGGGGGCACUCAAAUUUAUUUAUUUAUUUAUUUAUUUUAAAUAUAUGUCCUUAGAAUAACAAAUACUGCCCACUCUCAAAAUAAUAAAUAGUGAUUUUUAAUUUUAAAUUAUGUCUUGUAUUCUUUAUUUAUUUAUUUAUUUAUUUUGUAAUAAUCUUGUAUUCUUUAUUUGUAAAAUUUUCUUUUGGAAAAUGCUAUGUUUAUCCCAUUUUUAUAGUUACUUUUUCUAUGGAAAUUAUGUAAAGUUGUUUUAUAAGUUUAUAACAAAAGUCAACUUAAAAUUUCCAUUUUAUAUAAUUAUUACUGCUUAUGUGGCCAAAAUCCCUAUUUUCAU